GCAGCGAGUGGCUAUGGCGCCGGGCGUGGCCCGUCGGGCCCGGCAAAGGGUCCGGAUCUUGCCGCUGGCCGGGGCGCGGAGCCGCUCGGCGGAGGACUGGUGGUGGGAUCGGCUGGCGCCGAGCGGCUCCGGUUACCACCUGCUGCAGUCGGACAGCAUGCUGCUGGUGUUGCCAGGCCCGGGGCCCGCCCGCCCCCGCGCGCAGAGGCGCGCCGCCAGCCGUACUCAGCGGCUGCGGCUCCACGGGGCCCGCGCCGCUGUGGCCAAGGCCAAGCCCAGGACCGCACCCGCACCCGCUCCCGCACCGCAGCAGGAGCCCGACCCGGGCUGGGGCGACCGCAUUCCCUUGGAAAUCCUGCUGCAGAUUUUCGGGCUGCUGGUGGCGGCGGAUGGGCCUAUACCCUUCCUUGGCAGGGCUGCACGCGUGUGCCGCCGCUGGCACGAGGCCGCCUCCCAGCCAGCGCUCUGGCACACCCUCACCCUGUCACCCCCGCUGGCUGGCCGCCCCGCCAAGAGUGGGACCAAGACUGAGAAGAAGCUUCUUGCUUCCCUGGAGUGGCUUAUGCCCAGUCGGUUCUCACAGCUCCAGAGGCUGACUCUCAUCCACUGGAAGUCCCAGGUACACCCUGUGUUGAAGCUGGUUAGCGAGUCCUGUCCCCGGCUCACCUUCCUCAAGCUUUCCGAUUGCCACGGUGUGACCCCUGACACUCUGAUCAUGCUAGCCAAAGCCUGCCCCCAGCUCCACAGCCUGGACAUACAACACUCCAUGGUGGAGUCCACGGCUGUGGUAAGCUUCUUGGAGGAGGCGGGGCCCCGAAUGCGGAAGCUGUGGCUGACCUACAGCUCCCAGACGACAGCUAUCUUGGGUGCACUGCUGGGCAGCUGCUGCCCACAACUCCAGCUCCUGGAGGUGAGCACUGGCCUCAACCACAACAGCACUCCCCUCCAGCUGCCUGUCGAGGCCCUGCAGAAAGGCUGCCCCCAGCUGCAGGUGUUGCGGCUGCUGAACCUGAUGUGGCUGCCCAAGCCUUCCGGGCGAGCGAUGACUCCUGGCCCCGGCUUCCCCCGCCUUGAGGAGCUCUGCCUUGCCAGCUCCACCUGCAACUUUGUGAGCAACGAGGUCCUGGACCGCCUGCUCCACGGCUCCCCUCACCUGCGCUUGCUGGAUCUCCGUGGCUGUGCUCGAAUCACACCUGCUGGCCUGCAUGAUCUUCCAUGUCAGGAGCUGGAGCAGCUUCACCUGGGCCUGUAUGGCAUCUCGGACCGGCUGACUCUAGCCAAGGAGGGCAGCCUUCUGUUAACUCAGAAGUGGUGCCACACUCUGCAGGAGCUGGACUUGAGUGGCCAGGGCUUCAGUGAGAAGGACCUGGAGCAGGCCUUAGCUGCCUUCUCAGGCACCCCUGGGGGCUCGCACCUGGCACUGUGCUCCCUCAACCUCCGGGGCACCCGGGUCACACCAAGCACAGUCAGCUCUGUGAUCAGCAGCUGCCCAGGCCUGCUGUACCUCAACCUGGAGUCCUGCCGCUGCCUUCGCCGGGGCCUCAAGCGGGCCUACAGGGGCCCAGAGGAAGUCCAGUGGUGUCUGCAGCAGCUGCUCACCAGCCUCCCCCCUCCCAGCUAGGCAGCUCCAGCCAGCCAGCCCUGCCCUGACCCCUUUCCCAGUUUUGGAUGUUUGAUUAUUCUGUUACAAUAAAACAUUUUU